GCUUUUAGUCGCGUACUGCAAUCAAGAAAAUACGUAGCGAUCCGAUCUGUUGUCCACUCUUUGAAUCGCUGACACGUGCGUUAAAAAUUGUCAAUAUCACCAAUUUCACUUUCGAUUUUACCAAUAUCCGAUGUUGAUUUUACGCGUGUUAGUGAGAGUCAAAAAGCAAACUAUGUGAUUCGUUAAAUGUGUUCUAUUUCUUCUUGGAUUCCUAUUCGGAUUGUUGCUUUUGCUACAUUAAAGGUAUGAGUGAAUACGACCGAAUACGAAGAGCCUGUUUAAAACGCGGUGAACUAUGGGAAGAUCCUGAUUUUCCCGCAUCCCAAUCAUCUGUAUUUUAUCAUCAAACACCACCUUUUCAAUUUACUUGGAAAAGACCUAAGGAAUUAUGUAACAGACCUAACUUUAUCCAAGAUGCUCCAGCUAACUUUGAUAUCAGUCCUGGUAAAAUGGGCGACAGGUGGCUGGUCUCUUGUUUGGGUAUCUUGUAUCUAAACAAAGGUCUAUUUUAUCGAGUAGUACCUGCAGAUCAGUCUUUUUUUGGAGAACAGUACUGUGGAGUAUUUAGAUUUCGUCUUUGGUGGUGUGGAGAAUGGACCGAAGUUCUAGUCGACGACCGAUUGCCAACGGUUCAAGGGAAAUUGGCGUUCCUGCAAUCACAUUCCGAUAAUUUCUGGCCGGGAUUAUUGGAGAAAGCUUAUGCCAAAUUACAUGGCUCCUAUGAAGCUCUGAAAUAUGGAUCUUUAUUAGACGGCUUAGCGGAUUUGACUGGUGGAUUGACAGAAAGCAUUCCGGUACGACAAGACACUACUUCAUGCGCAAGACUCUUAUACAAACUUUUAGAUAUGACCUCAAUAGUCACUUGUACGAUUCAAGCUACCAAUCAGGUUAGAUCACAAAAUUCGGAAAAAUUAUCUAAUGGAGUACAAAUAGGUAUAAAUUAUAGGAUACAAUCUAUAGAACGGACUGAAACAUUUAAUGGAGAAGGCAUUCAAUUGUUGAAAUUGAAGAACCCUCUAGGGCAAUCGCCUGAGUAUACAUCCUCCGUUCUUGUAGAUUCACCAGAAUGGUCAGAUAUAUCCCCACAAGAAUUGGAUAGGAUAGAAGGAAAACUUCAAGAUGGAGAAUUUUGGUUACCUUUCUCCCAAUUCAUUAAAACCUUUACACAUUUAGAAGUAGUUCAUUUAGAUAGCGAUACAAGUCGAGAUGAGCCUAGUUUACACAAUAAAAAUACCUGGCAGAUGAGAUUAUACCAAGGAUAUUGGCAAAAAGGAGUAUCAGCUGGAGGUUGUAGAAAUAAUCCAGAUACAUUCCAUAUCAAUCCACAGUUACAUCUUUUACUUAGUGAAAUGGAAGAAGUUAUAGUCUCUCUCAAUCAACAUAGUAUAAUGGAACCAAAAGUUAUCGGCUUCACCUCGUAUCUUCUAUCGAAAAAUACCAACGAAACGAUAGGAAAAAACUUUUUCAAGAAAAAUAAAUCUAUGUUCAAUUCCCAGUAUACCAAUAGUAGACAAGUCAGUCACAGAUGUCAACUUGAGCAAGGUGGUUACUUAAUAAUACCAACAACAUUCGAACCUAGUCAAGAAUCCGGAUUCACUCUUCGAGUAUUCUCCUGUAAAUCGUUGAAAUUGAAGCUUCUGGAUACGGUACCGCAGCUUCUUAAAUCGGCAAUCGUUAAAGCACCUCCGCUUUUAGAUGGAAAAAGUUUCAGUCAAUACGAAGCAGUAUUUUUACAAUUGGCCGAUGAACAUCGAACAGUUAAUGCUUUCGAACUUCAAGAAUUACUCGAUGCUUGUUUACCAAAUGAUUACAUUAAAAGCUGUGCUUCCAUUGAAGUUUGUCGGCAGAUUAUUUUGACAUUUGAGAUGUCCGGCAACGGCAGAUUGAAAUUCAGCGAUUUCAAAGAUUUAAUGUGUAGUCUAAAAUUUUGGCAAACUGCAUUUAAAAAUCACACUAAAGAAAAAACUGGAAUUCUCAAAGCGGAAAGAUUAAGAGACGCAUUGCUUGAAGUAGGAUUCCAACUUAGCAGCGAUGUUUUAGCAACUCUUAUUCUGAGAUAUAUGAGAAAAGAUGGGACACUUAGAUUCGGCGACUUCGUGUCUGCAUUAUUGCAUUUAACUGUAUCUUUCAGUAUUUUUGAAGUCAAGGAUCCCCUUCAAAAUGGAAGUAUAAAAUUGAACCUAAGUGAGUGGCUAAAAUCAUCUUUAACAUGUUGAAAAAUGAAAAAAAUUGACCAUAAUAAUGUAAAUGUUUCAAUGUACAGCUAGAUAUAUUUCAUAAAAGAUUAAUUUUAUUAAAAUAAAUUAUUUUAUGUUAAA